AUGUUGUUUCAGGUUGUGAGUAACAUCACGGAGAAGCAGGAGCUUUUCAUUGAGGAUGAGAUGCGGGUGGGUGAGGUGCGUGUGCUGAUCGGGCAGAUGAUUGGCGCCGAUGAGGAGACGAUCCGUCUCACGUUUCAGGGCCAUGUGCUGGAGGACGACACGGCCACGUGGGCGUUGAUACUGCAGCUCUAUCCGCUCGCCGAGGAUGCCCCCCGCAAGCUCUUUGUGCAUGUCUCGGAGAGGCUGCGGACGAGCUCGGCGAGCAUGACGGCGAUGCGGGCGGCGUUAGUGUCUGCCUCCGGCCACGAAAAUGAGAAGGACGCACGCGUCCAGGCGAAGAUGAUGGAGCCCGUCAUCGACCUCAUGGUGCGGGACCCCUCCACGCUGGAGCUGAUGCUCGCCACCAACCCCGGCAUGAAGGAGAUGCUCGACAAGCACCCCGAGCUGCGGCGCCACCUCUGCGACCCAGAGACGCUGAAGACGCUGAUGAUGGCGCAGAUUGACCCCGACCAGCGGCGCUCGCUGAGUCGCGGCAUGGGACUGCAGCUCGCGCAGCUGAGCGCCCUCCCUGGUGGCGAGCAACUUUUUGAACGCAUGACGUCGGAAUACGUGAAUGACAUGUCCGAGCUUAUGGAGACCCGCGGCCCUAAUGCCUCCGACCGCGUCGAUGAGGCACAGGCGCGCCCCGACCCAAACAAAGAGGCAAACAGUGAGGCCCUGCCAAAUCCCUGGGAACAGCAACCACCCAACGCGGGGAACGCCUUAGGAGCAAACCCAAUGGGUCCAAAUGUGAGUUAUAUGCCGAAUUUAUUUGCUGGCGGCGGGGCUGCUGGGGGCGCGACACCCUUUGCCGGAUUGUCUGGUAGUAUUCCAUCACGGUUGGGCAGCAGUAAUCCCUAUGCUUCGGCCCCGUUUAUUCCUCUGUGGAUGACGGCCCCGUCGAACGUAGGAGGGCAGGCACAACCCACUUUUCACACACAAGCGGGAGACGCGUACGGGAGUGCGGCGGAGUGGGCGCCACAAUUGGCAGUAUUAAAGGAAAUGGGGUUCGAUAAUGAAGCACUUUGUUUAGAGGCCUUGCGUGCGUCUAACGGAGACAUAGAUGGGGCUGUUAACUAUAUCGCCGAUAAGCAUGCGUGA